AAAAAACCCUACCAUAUGGAGCACCCAACCUGAAGCCGGGCGAGCCGAGAGAGCCCGUACGCCCUUCGCUCGUCGCCGGUUGUUCUGCCUCGCCCGCACGCGCCUGCGGAGCGAUUCGGAGACCGGCCAAGCCGAGGCCUGGCCUCCUCGAGUUCUUCUUCGCAGUGGUGGCGAUGAUGGACUUGGAUCCCAGGCAAUACGAGCACGUCAUAGUCAAUGACAGUGAUGUUCGCAACAUUGUCCUAUCAUAUCUUGUGCAUAACUGUUUCAAUGAGACGGCAGAGACCUUUCUUGCUUGUACUGGAAUGAAGCAGCCUGUUGAUUACCUUGUGGACAUGGACAAAAGGAAAUCAAUAUUCCAUUUUGUGUUGGACGGAAAUGCUCUCAAGGCCAUAGAACUGACAGAACAACUAGCACCGAACUUACUGGAAGAUGACAAGGAUCUGCAUUUUGAUCUAUUAAGCCUUCACUUUAUCGAUCUUGUCUGUUCAAGGAAAUGCACAGAAGCUUUGGAGUUUGCUCAAACCGAGUUGACACCAUUAGGAAAGUUGCAUAAGUAUGUUGAGAAAUUGGAAGACCUUAUGGCUCUGUUAGCUUAUGAGGAGCCUGAAAAGUCACCUAUGUUCCAUUUACUGAGCUCCGACUACCGACAGAAUAUUGCAGACUGUUUGAAUAGAGCUAUCUUGGUUUCAGCAUAUCCUAAUCUGCCUAGCUAUUCUUCAAUGGAAAGGCUGAUACGGCAAGCAACUGUGGUUAGACAGUUCCUACAUCAGGAGCUCAGCAAGGUACAUAAUUACUUACUUUUCUUUGUUAUUUACAGAUAUGCCUCAUCUAACCUUUUUCCCUCUAAAGUAGUUCUUUUACAUAAUGAAAUCAUUUAUAAGCUUAUGCCAAAUUUUGACUAUGUCUGUCAGACACCUGCAAUUUCUGACUUAAAACAUGUGAUUAAAACUAGCUUGAGUAUAACCGUAGGCCUUGCUCAAACUAUUUGGAGUCAGUGCAAGAGGUUACUUCUGUCUUGUUUGAACUAUUCUACAAUUUUGUAAGCUGACAUAACAAAUUAUAUUGGGUCCUUCUGAAUCAUUCAUCUAAAUUUGUAGUAUAAGGUGGCUAAAAUGGAAACUUAAAACACACAAAACACACAGAGGGUCUUCUGAGGUACUAGGGUCUAGGAUGUCUCCUUACUUUUGGAACUUGUGGGCGAGCAGGAUGGUCCUCCAACUUUUUCUCUGAAAGCCUUUCUGAAAAAUUAGGCAGAGAUGGCAUGCUCGGACUUGCUUACCAUGAGCAUGGCUUGUUUCAUUCUCCUUCGGAUUACUGUUUGCUGCCCGUGAUUUUUGUACAAGGUCCAGUCAUGCAGAAGGUAGUUGCAAUAACUUGGCCAAUGUAAAUGUUAAAUAUUGGGAAACAAUCAUAUGCAUCUCUUUUUCUGGUGUCUGCUUAUGUUUUUUUUUUUAAUAAACAAAAUCAUUGGUUAAAAGCCAAGUGGUUUCUGAUCUGAGAGAAGUGGCUGUUGCUUGUCGAGUGCAUGCUGGGAGAAGAUGGGAUAUCAGGGUCUUUUCUUCUAUUUAUUCUAAAUGUAACUCAAACUGGCAUAUGAAGAGAAGCAAACAGAAGCCAUUCUAUCUUGCUCCACAAUUGUUUGGCCUCUGCAAUUUUUGAUU